AUGUUAAGAAGCACUGCUGCGUGCCUCGGGGGCCAGAGGAAGUGGUGGAAAGAAGGCCGGCCGGAUUUUGGUCGAGCAGCGGCCCGCCGCAUGCAGUUGGAGCGGCGGCGACUGGAGGCGAGUACCCAUCCACCACCUGUUGAUCCCACGGCUCAGCAGGCUUGUGUUUUGUACCGGCGUCUAUUGAAGGCCGGCCACCAGCAACUUUUGGUUACGGACAAAAGUUACUACGCGCGAAAGGUGCGACAUGAGUUUGAGGUGACGGCCCGACAAACGAGUGCGCGUGUGAGAGGUAUUAUGUAUGAGCGUGGGCAGUGGUUGGUGGAGAAUAAACUCGGUGGUAUUGUCUGA